AUGAUGGAUCUCGCAGUUAUGCUUCAUUUCACAGAGGAGAAACCGGGCGCAGAGAGGUUCAACAAGUUGCCGGGCCACCUCCCCACCAGCCGCAGUUACCUGCUGGGCGUGCGGCCGGAGACCAGGAGCACCUUCUGCUCCAUCAUUGCUCAGCUAACAGAGGAGACCCAGCCAGUAUUCGAGACCACUCUCAAGUCCCAAGCUGUGUCCAAGGACAGCGACGUCAGGUUCACCUGCAUCAUCACAGGAUACCCAGAACCAGAGGUGACCUGGUACAAGGAUGACACAGAGCUGGACCGCUUCUGUGGCUUGCCAAAAUAUGAGAUCACGCAUCAGGGCAAACGCCACACACUGCAGCUCUACAGGUGUCAAGAAGAAGAUGCUGCCAUCUACCAGGCCUCUGCCCGGAACACCAAGGGCAUCGUGUCCUGCUCGGGGGUUCUGGAGGUGGGCACCAUGACCGAGUACAAGAUCCACCAGCGCUGGUUCGCCAAGCUGAAGUGCAAGGCCGAGGCAAAGAUGCGUGAGAUUGAGCAGAGCUGGAAGCGCGGGAAGGAGGUGGCGGGAGAGGCCGAUACUCUGCGCAAGCUCAGCCCCGACCGCUUCCAGCGAAAGCGGCGGCUGAGUGGGGCUGAGAUGCCAGUCCCCUCAGCCCCCACCAGGGAGGCUGAGGACAGGACCUCAGCAACUUGGCAGGAGCGGGAGACUGAGCCUGGUCAGCACCCAGGUUUAAGCCUGAUCAACAGUUUUGCCCCCGGAGAGGUGACCACCAAUGGAGAUGCUGUCCCUGAGAAUGGGGAGGACGGGGAUCAUGGCCUAUUGACAUACAUUUGCGAGGCCAUGGAGCUCGGGCCUCAGAGAGCCCCCCAAAAGGAGUUGGGGGCCAAGAAGAAAAAGAAAGUUGAGGAACCUAAGCCAGGCCUGCGGAAGCCAGAGUUAGAGAAGGCAGCUCGAGGUGACUGUUCUGAAAACUGCGUCCCUAGUUCAGACAAGCCUGACUCCUGUGGGACACAGGGGCCCGUGGACGCAGAGCAAAUUCAGACCUGGUCCAGAGGCAGGGCUGCACGGGGGCCUGGGUCCUCAGGAGUAGAAAGCACCAGGAAGCCAGCCUCUGCCAUGGGCUCUCCAGCCCAGGCCCAGAAUGUCCCAGCCCCUGCCCCAGGCCCAGACCAGGAAGUAUAUUUCUCCCUGAAGGACAUGUAUCUAGAGAGCACCCAGGCAGUCAGGCCUCAGGGGGAACAAGGGUACCACACACAAAGUGGCAGGGAAUCUAGAGAGAUGCCCUCAGGGAAGGUGCCCAGCGAGGCAAAAAGUGAGAAGGGGCCUCCCGCCCCUGACCAGCCGAUACCCUCAGCCCCUCAGCCAACUAGGCCUUUCAACAGGAAGAGAUUUGCCCCUCCGAAGCCCAAAGGAGAGCCCACCACCAACAGCAAGCCUGAUUCGUCCCUGAAUCAAGCUCCAGAACCCGGAGCCCAGAGCUUAGGAAACGGUCCACCUCAGGCUUCUGCCCAGGUGCCUACACCUCCUGCCCGGCGGAGACACAGCACAAGGGACAGCCCCUUGCAGGGGCAAGCAGGCCGUAGGACUCCAGGAGAGGUCCCGGAGUCGCAGGCGACCAUGGUUCCUACUGUAUGGGCCAGCAGCAGCAUUGGUAUAGCCUCUGCUGGUGGCAGCACCCCCAGAAGUCAGAGCAUCAUUGAGCCCAUGGAUACAGAAACCCAGGAGAGUAGAACAUAUGCUGACUGGAGACAUGGAGGCAUGAAGAAUACAGAGGCGGAUGGGAAGAUGCAGGUGGACGGGAGGACACAGGCAGACAGGAAGACACAGAUGGACAUUGUGACACAAGAAAGUGAGAGGACAGAGUCAGACAGGAGUUCCCAGAAGGAUGUGGUAGCACAGGGAAGGACAGGGACACAGGCGGAAAGGACACAGGAAGACAGAAAGACACAGGCAGGUGCGAAGACACAGGAAGACAGGAUACAGGAAGGUAGGGGGACACAGACAGAGGGGAGUGUACCCACAACCGUUAAAGUUCAGUCAGAGAAGAAGUCAGUGACCAACCUCAGCCCACAGUCCAGAGCCCCUGAACCCUCACCUUCAGAGGGUUCCAGUUCCCAGAUUAUUGCAUGUUUUGAGCAGAGCCCAGAAAGGUCCUCUGUCCCAGAAAAACCUGGCUUCAUGCUCAGAUCUGGAGAGGCAGCAGAAACGGCCUCUCGUAACCAAGAGGAAACGGUGCUGGGUCCCCUGUCAGGGGGCCUCAGGCUCCCAGCACAGCUGCUUCCUGAGAGUGGCUUGGAGCAGACGGGAGGAGGGAGAUGUUGGGGGCCGGAGUGGUCAGGCCCGGUCAAGGACAAGCCAGAGGAUAGCCUGUUCCAGUGCCCCAAGAAGGAGCAGCUGGGGGAGGUGCUUUCUGUGGAUCUGGGAGGCUGUCCUCCCGCCGGCCUGAGCCCAGAUGUGCCUACUCUGCCUUCUCCUGCUGGUGCUGGCCUGACCGACAGCUCACCGCAGGGGCUGCCCAGCACCCCCACUUCUCAGCACAUGAGUGCAGCUGCCUUCUUGCCCUCUGGGGACCAGGCCUUGCGGAAUUCUGCACCCUCAGUGCACCUGGGGCCUGGGACCCCCACCCAGAAUCACCCACCAGAAACCAUAGCAGCCAGCAAUGAGGGAGCCUGCGCCAAGAUGUCAGAUGUGGAAGGGAGGCCCUCAGGCACCCAGAGCUGUGACCCUGGUCUCAUAGAUUCCCUGAAGAACUACUUGCUUCUCCUGCUAAAGCUAUCCAGCACAGAGACGAGUAGAGGGGGCACAAAGUCCCAGGAAGCAGCUGCCCCCAGGGGUUUGGCACCCUCACCCACGCUGGCCCCCACUCUGGAAGUGGCUGGUCUGAGUCCGCAGACAUCACGGCGCAUCCUGGAGCGUGUGGAAAACGACCAUCUGGUGCAGAGUGCACAGAUGCUACUGCUCAGCCCCUGUACCUCCCGCCGCAUCACUGGCCUCCUGGACCGUGAGGUGCAGGCUGGCCAGCAGGCCCUGGCUGCUGCCCGGAGCCCUGGCUCCAGCCCCCUCACCGUGCCUGCCAUCGUGGUAGGCGAGGAGGAGGACCCUGGGCUGACCUCAGAAGGAUCCAGUAAGGGUGACGGAGAGGUUCCCCUUGCGAGGUCUGGCCUCCUGGGAACCUCUCAGGAGAGCAGUGCGGGGGGUCUGCUGGGGGAGGCAGGUGGGCAGGCAGCCUCUGGUCAGGGACCCCUCUCAGCAGAAAGCAGAGUCCAGGAUCCCUCCCGAGAGGAGGAGAUCCCACAGGAGGCGCCAGCAGGUCUCCCUGCAGCCACCCCUGAGGAACUGGCUCUGGGGGCCCGGAGGAAGAGGUUUCUCCCAAAGGCCAGAGCAGCAGGGGAUGGGGAGGCAACCAAGCCUGAGGAGAGGGAGAGCCCCACGGUUUCCCCCCGGGGACCCAGAAAGGGCCUGUCACCUGGGUCCCCAGGGACUCUAGGGCGGGAGAAGCGCUCUCCUACCCAGGGCCGAAAAGCAGGCCUGCUGGAGGUGCCACAGGCAGAGGAGGAGCAGGCAGCGGGAGACCUGGGCUCCAGCCCCAAGCCCAGUGGGCUGGAUGCAGAGCCGACCUUGGAUGAAGGCAAGCAGGAAACCCCGGGCAAGCCGAGGAAAGCCAAGGACCUGCUCAAAGCCCCACAGGUAAUUCGAAAGAUUCGAGUGGAGCAGUUUCCUGAUGCCUCGGGCAGCCUGAAGCUCUGGUGCCAGUUUUUCAACAUUCUUAGUGACUCAGUCUUGACAUGGGCCAAGGAUCUGCACCCAGUGGGCGAAGUGGGCAGGAGUGCAGGGGACGAGGGGCCGGCGGCCUUGGCCAUCGUGCAGGCGUCCCCUGGGGACUGUGGCAUGUACCGAUGCACCAUCCACAAUGAGCACGGCUCGGCCUCUACUGACUUCUGCCUCAGCCCCGAGGUGUUGUCAGGAUUCAUCUCCAGAGAAGAAGGUGAAGUUGGAGAAGAGAUUGAAAUGACUCCCAUGGUGUUUGCUAAGGGUCUGGCUGACUCCGGCUGCUGGGGGGACAAGCUCUUUGGGCGCCUGGUGAGCGAGGAUCUACGAGGGGGUGGACAUAGGUACAGCCUUCGGAAGGCCUCCCAGGCCAAGGUCAUCUACGGGCUGGAGCCUAUCUUUGAGUCGGGCCGCACGUGUGUCAUCAAGGUGUCCAGCCCGCUGGUGUUUGGGCCCAGCAGUGAGACUUCUCUCCUGGGCAGAAACUACGAUGUCACCAUUCAGGGGUGCAAGAUUCAGAACAUGAGUCGGGAGUACUGCAAAAUCUUUGCAGCUGAAGCCCGGGCUGCACCUGGCUUUGGGGAGGUGCCUGAGAUCAUUCCACUGUAUCUGAUCUACCGGCCUGCAAACAAUAUCCCAUAUGCUACGCUGGAGGAAGAUUUGGGCAAGCCCCUGGAGCCUUACUGUUCCCGGGAAUGGGGCUGUGCUGCUGCACCAGCAUCAGGCAGCUCGGAGGCCGUGCAGAAAUGCCAGGCCUUCCAGCACUGGCUCUAUCUGUGGACGAAUGGCAGCUUCCUGGUCACAGAUCUGGCAGGGGUUGACUGGAAGAUGACUGAUGUGCAGAUUGCCACCAAGCUGCGAGGAUACCAAGGCCUCAAGGAGAGCUGUUUCCCUGCCCUGCUGGACCAGUUUGCUUCCUCCCACAAGUGCAACACCUUCUGUGAGAUGCUGGGGCUGAAACCUCUCAAAGGCCCUGAGGCUGCCCACUCCCAAGUCAAGGCCAAAGGCUCCAAGAGUCCAUCUGCCGGCAGGAAGGGCCCCCAACUGAGUCCUCAGCCCCAGAAGAAAGGCCUCCCCAGUCCCCAGGGCUCCCGGAAGAGCACCCCAAGCUCCAAAGCCACUCCUCAGGCCUCAGGAGCAGUCGCCACUCAGUUAUUGGGACAGCCUCCCAGCCAAGAGGGGGGCUCCAAGGCCCAGGGCACGCGGUAGCCCCUACAGGAGGCUGGGGGCCUCCACCCAGCAGCAGACCAACAAGGAAGCAGCUUGAACCGAUGGAGACGUUCCCGAUACAGACAAACCGGAGAAGGUGCACCGAGCAGGCACCACGUGGGGCCUCUGCGCAGCCUCUCCUCAGUCAGCUCCGCAUCAGACGGCUUUGGUGCACGGCACACAGCCCAGUGGCCUCUCCUGGUGCCAUGUCACCAGGGCUCCCAGGCCUCACCUCCAAGUUUCCCAAGGGCUGAGGCCCUCCUUGAAGUUUACACUGGCCACUGCUGGAGGCUCCCUGAGUCCUCUGCAUGAGUUCUGCACCCUGACCCCUUGCCCCAGCCAGACCCUGCCAUGCAGGCCAGCACUUCCCCUCCGCCCUUUGCUCGACCCUGAUCUCUCCCUGACCUCAGGGCUCUAGGCUUCCUCUGCCGUGUGACUCUCAGGGUGUCUUCUCUUUCAGACUACUUUGCCUCAUUCAUCCCAGCUUACCCUGCAACUAACCUGUCCCUGUGCCCAUUGGGCCUCUUCAGUCCUAUGCGGUGGUCUUUGGUGGCACGUGUUCUUGCUUUCUUCCCCCUUCACUCAGGCACUCACUUGCCUGUUUCCCGUGCUUUCUUGCACCCCAUCCACCAUCCCUGGCUUUGAGCGCAGUUGCAGCCUGCUGCCCGCCCUGCACUGACUCUGCUUGUCCCCUUGCCUGAUGGCUUUUCUAGCCUGACCUACCCCCUACCCACCAGGACCCUGGUAAUGAGCAGACCCUCUGGCCUCUGGUCUACCCCAUCCACUCCUCCCCUACUUUUCCCAGGCCCUCUGCCUGUGAGGUGAGAACUGGUACAGGGGCUGUGUCAGCAGCUGUGGCCAGAGGGAAAGUGUGGACUUUGUGGGCCUUGUGCUCCCUAUUGAAGGAGAUGAAGGUGAAUUUCACCUCCCCUCCUGGCUGGGGAUGGAGAGCUGGGACUCUUCUCCACGGGGAAAUGGCAUGGGGGUUUUAGGAAGGAUAUAAACCAUCUACCUGCUGUGAGGACUGCCUCUGUGCCUGGGACUUAGGACCCCCACCCCCAACCAUUAGCUCUUGAUGCUGAAGCUCCAGCUCCGGGACCUCAUAUAUGGGCUCCCAAGGAAUUGCUGUGCUCAGCCCAGCACCCCGUGUCCUUCCUGAGAGCCCAACCUGGAAGCCCCCGAUGGGGUGGGUCUGGAGCUAGCCUGCUCCCCUUGGAAUGCAAUAAAGGCAGCAACUGUGUUUCCUGCUCUCCCUCAUCUCGUGUGGUUGUAGGUAUAUGGACUCAGGGUCCCCUCUCCCCAGGCAGGUUCUCCCUGGGCCGACUGGAAAAAUGGAUCCAUGUUUUGGCUCUUGGAUUGACAUUUAGUCUCAGCCUUCUGUGGCCACAGCUAGACAGUCCAUGCUGCUUAUACAAGUGGGCUGAUGGCUCGUGCUCCUUAGCAGGGUGUCUAUGAACUUGAGGGCAGAUUGGAAUUGCUCCUUCAUUUGGGAGAGGAACACGAAGAAGGAACCCGAGAGGGUAAAGCAGAGCUGGGGACUCGGGAAACGCCACUGUUUCUGGCUUCUUCCACUGCAGCCAAACCAGCUCCGGCGCCAGCCAGCGUCUGCCUCCCAGCCACUCUGACCACUUCCUGCCUCCCAAGCAGCAGAAGGCUUCUCAUUCCCAGCCCAUCCCCAACCCAUUCUCUUCCCUCUGUGGUUGGGGAUUUUCCUUGCCUGAUGUUUGCCCUCUCCGUGCUGACAUUUCUGACUUCUCUAUCUCCUCCUAUGACUUUCCCCACUUUUCCCUCUUGCCCCAUUGUGCCCCAACUCUCCCACCUGCCUAUCCCCGUUGGCCUGGUGAACUAGAGCUGGAAUAUUUUCUAUUCAUUUACUUAUCCAUUCAUUCAGCAGACAUAUAGUGAGCACCUCCCUACUUUAUGCCAGACUCUGAACUGACAGUUGUUGGGGAUCAAAGACGCACGAUGUAGUCUCAGAAGAGACCCUUUCCAUUAGGUUUCUUGGAUUUUUGAGCAACAGAAAUGGACUUGGAUCAACUUAAAGAAAAAAAGGUUCACGAGAAGAGUGUUGGGGUAGCUCACAGAGGAAUAGCUGGACAGUUAGCCUUGAGAAGCAGGGAGCCAGGUAGCUCCAGAGCUUGCCUCCCAGGAGCUACUGCUGUUGUCAGGUGGACACCAUCCAGCCAUUGGUCCCAGUGGGUCUCCCUCCAACGUUCACAUUCCUGGCACGGGGCUCAUGGAAUGGGAGGAGGGCAGUUUCCAGAGGAUGGGGAUUCUCACCAGAAGAAUGGUGGAGCGUGGGAGGGUAGAAAAGGCUUGGUGGGCGACGACAAAUGAUACCCCAACACACACACACACUGUUCUUCCCAUCUGAUGUAUUACGACUCUUCCACAUACAACCAAACGCAAAUUUCUCCCUGCUUAGGGAGACCAUUCAGGGUCACAUCCAAUGACUGAAUCCACGGGCAAUGACUAAGGUACCAUUCUCCAAAGUCCAGUGUCACUAGUAAUACUCCACCCUCUUUUAUCACAAUCCCAUUUUGAAAUCUUGCAACCUGUGAAUUAACUGGUAAAAUUAACCAUCUUCAACCAAAAUAAUAUAACCUAGCAAGAAAGUAAGUAUGGGUAAAGGCUACCAUCCAUUUCUCUACCAGGUCAUGGGAACUAGUGUUUGUGACGGGAUUUUUGCCUGUCGUAGUGACCUAGGUCUUCAGUUCUGAAAUCCAGCUCCUUAGUGGUCCUGCCGGGUCGCAGGCAUUAACCACUGGAUAGGGAAGUACUAGGAACGCUCUAGGAAUCCCCAUGUCCAUCUGUGCCCCUUUCCCGUAGCAGCAAGCAUACUUUUCCUUAAUAGAGUUAAUCAUACUAGCUACUCCCACAACCUUUUGUGUGCUGCUCAGAGGUAUAGGAGUCUGAAGUGGCCAGAUAGAAUCCUUACUAUGACUUUUUGAGGAGGUAUUUCCUUGGGGACUAAAACCUCUACACCAGCCUGGUCCCAAACCUCACAUCUGAAAAAAGUAUUGAGAUUAGUGAUAACAGACCCUCUCCUCUCAGCUUCCUAGCCUGUAGGAGAAAUAGCAUCAUGAAUUGGCUGUCAGUUCAGAGCUUAUGCUAUAAGCUGCAGGCCUGACCCAAUCUUUCAAGGUAUUGUUUCUCAGCUGGAGCUAUAGCUGAGUUUUCAAUAAACCAUUUCAUUAUGCUGUCAAGCCAACUGCUUCUGGACUAUGGGGAUCAACCCAUUACUUUAGUUGUGUUGCAAAGUGCAUUCUCUGGUGAUGUUUACAGCAUUUCAUAAUUCCCUGGAUAUUGGUGGUAGAGGAGGUGAUGGGUAAGGAAAACAAAUCUAAACCCAGGAGGGUCCAUAACAGGCAAAACAAAUUCCUGUCCUCUUAAAGCCAUGGGUGUAGACUGAGGGGAGCUCAGCAGUGGGGCAGGAGGAGGCAUUGUGGGAGAUGGAGUGAGCAAUCCACAUACACGGCUGUCCAGUGCCUUCAGAGACCUAUUCUGGAGUGCCCACCCUAUGAUGGGGUGCUGCUGGCCAUUCCUCACUCUGGCUGGGUGGAUCAAAUGACCCCAGUGCACAGGGGUAGCCUAGCCACCUGGAUGCUAUAGCCAAGCAUUUAGGCUCUCUCAGAGGCAAGCCGGAGGGCCAUGUCUCAGAAAGGUGAUCAUUUUUGUCCAGCGCAUCACUUUUUUCCAAACCCUGGGUUGCCCUGCUGUAUUUUUCUAGUCAGUACUUGCCACAAGCUUCAUAUAGCAUUCUGCUCCGUCUCAGGCUGUCAAUGGCUCCCCAGCAUGCUUCAGACAGACAGGCACCUCAUACAUCAUGGAAUCUGCCACUGGUGGCAGAACCCUUUCUACUAAAGGCUUUCCCAGCCGGAGAGCCUUCAUUUGCUCUAGGCCCAACUCAAAGCUGGUAGCCUUUCUAGGUCAAUUAGUAAGCAGAUUGGAGCAAGAUGCCCCAGAGUGGCUUUUUUUUUUUUUUUUUUUUUUACUAGAAUUGGGUCUUAGUGGUAAGGUAUUCAAAGUACAAUAAUUUGUUCCACAUUAUGGAAGAAUAUUCUGAUCUCAACCUCUUGGCCCCCAGGAACUUAUCAGGGUGUUAGGCCUUUGCAUUUUAAUCUGGUUUAUCUCCCACCUCUGACUCACAAAUGCCUUACCAAGGCUUCUAGGGAAACUGGAGAUGCUGUGUCAGUGUGAUGGAACUUAGUGGUGAUGAGGUCAAGGUCCCUUGAGCCUGGUGGUGGCACAGUGCUAGACAGAUAAGACAUUCUAUAUGUGGAAGCCAGGACAGCAACAGAGUACUGCUGCCCUGCCAGAUGAAGAUGGCAUGCUUCUGAUGUUCUCUGUUCAUCAAAAUAGAGGGGAAAAAUGAGUUUACUAGAUCAGAGGAUUUGUACCGAAUGCCAGGAGCUGGAUGAAUUUGCUUUAGCAAGAAGACCACUCUGAAGCAGCACCUGCAAUUGGAGUCAUCACUUUGGGACGUUUACAGCAGACAAAGACCUCCUGGUGUCUUGCACUGGCCAAGCUGAACUGUGGUAGGAAUCACUGUGACUUCACUCUCAAGACUUCGGUAGUAACACUACUGUUUACAGUUGCCCCAGGAAUAUGGUAUUACUUUUGAUUUACCAUUUUGCUAGAGAGGGCAAAUUCUAAUGGCUUGCACUUGUCCUACUACAGUCACUCCUACCCCACAAACCAGAGAGCCAUUGUGAGGUUUAUACCUAUAAUAUGUCCAUUUCAACUAUACACUCAACCCCUGGUUGGCUUUGGGAUUUCACUAUAGCAUAAAAUUUGAUCUGUAAAUGACCCUCAUUGAUUGGCAGACCGCAUGCUUUUCCAUUGUUCCCAGAAACAAUGGGAAAGCUUGGAGCCAGUGUCCUACAGUGUCCUCUUCCCAGGUUUGGGUGUUUACCCUCUCCUUCUAUAGUCCCCAGACAAAGGCCCAAACAGAUCCCUCUGGGAAGUCUGCAAGGAAGGGUUACAGUAUUUCCUAAGUGCUAAAGUAAGGUUUCUCUUCAAAGAUAAUUGACUUCCUCUCCAUUGAAGGUCUGGAAAUUAAGAGAUUUUGACUCUACCUUGGCAUCUUGAGAAAGACCUGUUUUCCCACCCAGAAGUCUUCAGUCAUAGCAGUAACUAGGGACUAUCUUAGGGGAUGCCUGGUCUUUUUCAUUCCCGGGACCUAGUGAUUGAUUAGCCACAGCUAGAGGUCUGGUUUUCAUGCCUGUGUGCCUUACGAUGACUCCCUACUUUGUUCCUUCCCCCUGUCUCUGCUGCUGAGACCAGGAGCUCAUUUUCACAGCAGCUCCCAGGCCUGGAGAAGAAAGCCAGCAGAGCCUCGCCAGUUAAUUUCUCGUGGCAAGGAGCGAGACCCGCGGGUCCUGCCAGAGGAUAGUGAGAGGGUGGAUGGACUGGAUGCAUGCCAAGGACCCAAUAAAGCAUUCUUGUCUCCUGAAA